CCCGCUCAGUACAGCUCUGACGUCGGUGAAGUAAAGGUGUUGCGCGCUCUCGGUCCCGCCACCCGAAAAAAAAGACCAUUCUUUGGAGGGAUUUAACAAGUGGUUUCGGGGCAAAGGAAAAACCGCCAUUGGAUUUAGUGCAUCGUCUUGACAAACCAGGGAUUAUGCAAGCCAUCAAAUGCGUCGUGGUUGGUGACGGAGCCGUGGGUAAAACAUGUCUUCUUAUCAGCUACACCACCAAUGCCUUUCCAGGAGAAUACAUUCCAACUGUAUUCGACAACUACUCAGCCAAUGUAAUGGUUGAUGGCAAGCCCAUCAACCUGGGCCUGUGGGAUACAGCAGGUCAGGAGGACUACGACAGGCUGCGUCCACUCUCCUACCCACAGACUGAUGUCUUCCUCAUCUGCUUCUCCCUUGUCAACCCAGCCAGUUUUGAGAACGUCAGAGCAAAGUGGUACCCUGAGGUACGUCAUCAUUGCCCCAACACGCCGAUCAUCCUAGUAGGAACGAAGCUUGAUCUGCGAGACGACCGUGAGACGCUAGAUAAGCUGAAGGACAAGAAGCUAACCCCUAUUUCAUACCCACAGGGUCUGUCCAUGGCUAAGGAGGUUGGAGCUACCAAAUACCUGGAGUGUUCAGCGCUGACGCAGAAGGGUCUCAAAACUGUGUUUGAUGAGGCGAUCCGCGCAGUGCUGUGCCCUGUGCCCCGACCGAAGAACAAACGCAAGUGCCUGAUCCUCUAAGGCAGGACUAUGGGGGGGGACUGCAGGCACGAGAUGCACAUGCGUGGCGGGCGUCCCAUUGACUGACUGACUCAUUGGCGUAUCAUCCCUGGUUCGAUUGUUUGUGAGGAGAGAUGAGAGCAACCCCCCUGACCCUCCCAGUCAGGGGGAGGGGGUGUUUGGCAUGUGGCCGGUCUGCCGCGUCGAGGCUUUUUGCAGCACAGCAGGCGUCAUUGUCGAGUGAGACAGGCUGUGGCUGAGAGGGCACCGUGCAUGACAUGUGGUUAUUUCUUAUGUUAUUAGUUACACAGAUUUACAUGAUAGAAAAAAAUGAAAAUGAAAAAAAAAUUGAAGAGAGAUGUUUGUAUUUGCUCAGAAAGAGAUGAAUAGUAAGGAAAAAAGAGAGAUUUAUAUUUGAUGGCAAUCAUUUUUUUUUUU